AUGUUUUCCAUUUCCACUAUUCUUCAAUCCUCAUUAUUCUGUAAUGUUUGUAAUCCAACCGAAUGCGGCUUUUUUGUAUUAAUUUUUAAUACUAAACAUUAAUUAUUAUUAAAUUUUAUUUGAUUCUGUAUUUUAUAUUUGAUUGUAACUAGUCACUUAUUUAUAACGUAGAUAUAAUGUCUCAAAUUGAAACGCCUGCCGAGAUUAAUACUGAUACUAAAAUCGAUCCUAUGGAAGUAAUAAUGGAUAAUAAUGUUGUUGACGAUGAUGAUGUUGCUGAAACAUCAUCUGCAUUAGCUGUACCAAACGGAUUAAAAAAUAGAUCUGUAAAUGUAAGUGAUAUGACUUCAAUGGACUACUAUUUUGAUUCAUAUGCUCAUUUUGGCAUACACGAAGAGAUGUUAAAGGAUGAAGUACGAACUCUCACUUAUAGGAAUUCUAUGUAUUACAAUAAACAUUUACUCAAGGGUAAAAUUGUAUUAGAUAUUGGAUGUGGUACAGGAAUUUUAUCUAUGUUUGCUGCCAAAGCUGGUGCAGCCAAAGUAAUAGGUGUAGAGUGUUCCAAUAUUGUAGAAUAUGCUAAACAAAUUGUAGCAGAUAACCAUUUAGACCACAUUGUAACAAUUAUCAAAGGAAAAGUUGAAGAAAUAGAUUUACCUGAUGGUAUUACUAAGGUAGAUAUUAUUAUAUCAGAAUGGAUGGGAUAUUGUUUAUUUUAUGAAUCUAUGUUGGAUACUGUACUCUAUGCAAGAGACAAGUGGUUAAAAGAAGAUGGAAUGUUGUUUCCUGAUCGUGCUAAUUUGUUCAUCACUGGUAUUGAGGAUAGACAAUAUAAAGAUGACAAAAUUAACUGGUGGGAAAAUGUAUAUGGAUUUAAUAUGAGUGCCAUACGUAAUGUUGCUAUAAGUGAGCCAUUAGUUGAUUGCGUAGAACCUAAGCAGGUUGUUACAAAUUCAAGUUUAUUAAAAGAAGUAGAUUUGUAUACUGUAAAAAAAGAAGACUUAACAUUUACUGCCCCAUUUAAUCUUCAAGUCCGUCGUCAAGAUUAUGUGCAUGCAUUGGUUACUUAUUUUACAGUUGAGUUCACCAAAUGUCAUAAACGUAUUGGCUUUUCAACUGCUCCAGAAUCACCAUACACCCAUUGGAAACAAACUGUAUUCUACCUGGAUAACUAUUUAACUGUGAAAAGAAAUGAUGAGGUGUACGGCACUUUUUCUAUGUCUCCUAAUGAACGCAAUACCCGAGAUAUGGACUUUGUUAUUGACAUCGAAUUUAAAAAUGAUGUGAACGAUGUGACCGAAUCUAAUAAAUACCGUAUGCGUUAAUAGCAAUAAGAUAUCUUAUUUUUUAUUACAAUAACUUUUUUUUAUAUAUAAAUUACUUUUAACAUUUAAGAUAAAAAUAUUUAAAAUGUCGAUUAUGUUUAAUUGAAGAACAAAAAUAGCAUUCAUUGAGAAGUAAUUUUAAUUAUGAUAUUCUCUUUCUGAUAUAUUAUAUUUUUUUAUUCAUUCUUCCUUGAUUUUCCAACAUCAAUUAUAUUUAUAGUUGAUAUUAAUUAGAUGUUCACUUACAGUAAUUAAGUGAUAUCUUGUAAUUUGUAUAUUAUUAAAAUAAUUACUUAGAAAAGAAUUUUAAUACUCAUUGUAUAUAGGUAACUUACGAACUUAAUAAUAGUGAUUUUAUUUGGAUUCAUCUAUGUUUGUUGUUCCUAAUUUUAAUAUUUUAGUCUGGCUUUAUAUAUAUAAAAAAAUACGGUAUUAAACGUAAUGUAUUUUUUUUUUUCUAUAAUUAUUUAUAUUUUCUUUUCUUUUCAUAAUUUACUAAAAAAUAUAAUUAAAUAUUACCAUUUAUCUAAGUUAGGUUACUCAAUUUUAUAAUUCAUUAAAUUAAAUUUAUUAUUUUACUAUAAGUAAUUAAUUGAUUUAAUAAUCAUUUUACUGGUUAUCCAGGACAAUACCACAAAUGGUAUUACACAUCGGUUUGAGCAUGUUGAAUUAGUAGGUUUUGUUCGUAUAAUUAAUAGAUCAACUACCACUAAAUUUAAAAAAAAAAAAUACCUACAUUUGAAUUAUAAUAUAUUUUCUUUUACAUAAUGAUUUACAACGUUAAUAAAUAUAUCAAAAUACAUA